AUGUCUGUUCGACUGUUGAGGAAAAUUCUCAAUGAACAAGAAACAGCAACACAGCAGCGCCGGCCUGGAACAGAAGAGCAGCAGCUCAACAGCGGCGAUGAGUCCGUGUCGCCUGAUUCGUCCAUUCAUUCCUCUAAAAAUCCCUUCGAUCUCCUCAACGACAACGAUCAGGGAAAUGAGUCAGAAAUAGCUGAUGAAUCAUCGAUAGGAAACAUUGAUGUCAAUGAACCCCCAACAGGGAAAGCUAUUGUAAACACAGUUCCAUCUCUUAAUCACAAGUCAAAGAAAAAUAAAAAGAAGAAAAGCAAGGAACAUUCAUUUUCAAACACAUAUAAAGCUGACAACCGUGUAGAUGUGAUGUUAGAAAACUUAUCUUUUGGAGUUGAUGGUUCUAGUCGUCAGUCUGGCGGUUCUCAUCCAGUAAAAGCUAAACCAAAUCUAAAUGCUGGUGGCAGCGUGGUGAAGCAAUGCACAUCAUCCAUUUUACAAGUUGACCCAAAAUUUCUUAGUGCAGAAAAUGAGCUGCGGAGAAUAUUUGGUUCUAAAGUAGUGAGUUCAUUUGAAAAAAGUAACCAAACGGGAACUUCUAGACAGAUACGUGGAGGUAGACGUGGAAGCCACAAUCAUAGGAGGACUAUUCUUGUCUCUCCAUCGGAACAUUGGCCUCGAUGGGAUGGAUCUUUAUCAAUGGAACUUCUUGAAACCAGAGAAGGAUAUCACUAUUUCAGGUAG